CCGGCAGCUUCGCGGAUAAACAUGCAAGCUCUUCCCUUUCGGAUAAGCAUGGCACUACAAAAAAAAAGCGAGAUUAAUUGUAUUGUAUUGUAUUGCAUCAACAAGCUUGAUCCGAUCAGUAGAGAAUAAAAUAUAAUACUUUCUGUUGUCUUUCCAAUCUACACCACCUUAGGAAUCUGAACACAAGAAGAAUCAAAAAAUGACCUCCCGGCAGCAGAGCGAGCGGAGUACUCCUCUGCACAGAUGCAAUCAGUUUCUUUCUUUUAAGUGAAAUAAGUUUCUUGAAUUCUAAGGCCAAUGAGAUCAUUGUGCAUGUGCUUCUCCUUCCUCCUUUGUUACUUAAGUUGCUUCCAUAUAGGGGAUUAUCGAGUUUUAGUGGUGCAUUGUACCGCCAGACACAGAUGAUAGAUUUUGGUCCUGGAGUCGCUAACAACUCAAGAAUUGUCAAAAUUUUAAUCCUUUCGAUAAUGGACUGUAUUUUCUCAAAAUAACUCGAAAUGAUCCAUAGUUUCUCAGGAGAAGAGAAGCAUCCAACAACUUUCUGUCGGAUUCGGUAGCUGUUUCAUUCAUGUCUUGGAGAAUGACUGAAGAGCAUCAGAAACGGUUUUCGCCAUUUGAUGACUUGUCCCGCCAGACACAGAUGACAGAUUCCUCAGAGGAGUUGAGUGAGGCUGCCCAGGGUUGUAUCAAGAAGGAACCCGGCUGUUGAACUACAAGAAAAGAAGAUUAUAGUGGCUGAACAAGAAAUUGAUGAACAACCGUCGACUAGUACCCGAAGUGGAGACGUGUCAGUCACUGUCACUCAAGAGUCGCACAACAACUAGAAAUUAUACAAGCAUGUUGCUGAAGCGGAGCAGUCCCUUUGUGUGGUGGUGAAGUGGAGGCAUCCUAUCCUAUCCUAUCCUAUCAUUGCUUCUAGUGACAUUUCUGCAGACGUGUAUGAAUGGGAAUCUUCGACUUCUAGUUCUACCACUGUAAUCAAAUGAGAAGGCCAUCGCCAUUGCUGUGAAGAACAUCAUCGCGAUUGCUGCGAAGAACAUCUUCUAGAAGGAGUUCUAGUACUUCGCAACAGCAGACAUGGCAGACCCGGCUGAGGGCGACAUCGGGCCCGAUGUCGUUGUCAUCGAGGAAAGCGCCGGCCCCAAGACCACAAAGUUACGAUGAUUGAAUAUCGAAGUAAAGAAUUUCCUCUAUAAUAUCUUUUAUCUUGCAGAUUCUAUAAUUGUCGGCACCGGCAGACAAAGAGAAGGAGAAAAUGUUGAAGACACGCGGCGGAUCCUACUUAGCUUGGCCAUUACUAUAAUUCUGUACUUAUAUACUUUUUGCCUACCCUUACUUUUUCUUCCUAGUUAGCUUGGCUCCACCCGUAAUAUCGAAGUAUAGAAUUUCCUCUAUAAUAUCUUUUAUCUUACAGAUUCUAUAAUUGUCGGCACCGGCAGACAAAGAGAAGGAGAAAAUGUUGAAGAAGCAGGCGAAGGCGGUGUAUGCAGAGGAUGUGCCAAGCCAUGGCUUCGAAACCUUCGAGGAACAGCGAAAAAGGUUGCGCCUCGAAGCUGAAGUUACGUCUUUGUACUACUUAAUAGAGGACGGCUGUAGUUGUACCUAGUGCUUGAUCCGUUCUUGUUCAUCAAGUUCAUCUACCUAUAGCACUGGAAGGUAGCGGCUGCGUCUCCAGCAAUUUUUGGUCUAAUACUUAGACAGUACCGAAGACAGCUCUCAAGUUGAAGUCAGGAGCAUGAACCUCUUGCUUUCUCCUGUAACCCCCCAAAAAAAAUAUGUGCUCGUUCUCAGGUUAUAUUUUUAUUUGUUCUAGUGCAGGGGCAGGACUAGCUCUUAAUCUUUGAUUAGUCACCGUCUAGUCGAUUCACAUUAUAUUCGUUUUGGUUUCGGAUAUCGCCUUCUUUGAUACCUUGUUCGUUCACCUACUUGCACACGUAAUACAAUCGCAACAAAUUUAAAUCGAGUCUCAGAAAGGAAAGUAGUAGGUGGACCGAUUCAUGUCAUCAAGAAAGGCUGCGGAAGAAGCACAGAGACAACGAGAACUGGAGGAGCAAGAAAGCGAAUUGGAUUCGGCAGACCUAGCAGAUGGCUUCUACGUUAUGAUAUAUCAAACUUUGAAAACUAUCUUGAUCCUAGUAUUAGCGAGGUCAGGACAGCCGACUUGCAGAGAAGUAGGAGAAUCGCUUGAAAUCAUCUAGUAGUUUCUGCUAUUUCCUUCCCACGCACAAGCACGUUUAUAUAUUAAGCUUCCCAGCACACAGGCUAGCCCGAGUACGAUGAGAAGUUUGACCGUUCAUAACGCAUCAGGAAGGACGAUUUUUUCAGUAUGACGAGCUUGGGAACGCUGUUACGUUUGACGAACUCGGAAACGCGUGGAUGUUCGAUGAGCGGGGUCGUAUGGUUCAGGCCUACAGGUACUGGAUUUUCGUGAAUGAUGCAUAGAAACACGGAAGUGCACUGAAUUUGGGUAGGUUAUGUUCUAGAAAGACAAAAAUAAAAGGAGAGCUUCAAGAAAAAACAGCAUCAACAAGCUUGACCCGAUCAUUAAUAUUGAGAAUACGGACUCAUUGUGAGUUCUUAUCAUAUCUAUGUUUGAUCAUAAUCGUUAGACUCUUUAUAUUUAUAUCGCCUAAAAUGUUUGAUCAUCUUCAUCACGACUUUUUUUAUUUCAGAGCGGGAGAGUCGCCGCAGGCUGGCUAUGAGCGGAGAAUGGCUGAGAGAUCCUUGGUGCAGAAGGGGCUUGCGCAGAUGGCAUGGACUAGCUAUUUCGAUGACCCAGGGGAGGUGUUCCCCGAGGAAGGCGAUAUUCAUGAAACCGAGGUGCAGAAACGGAGAAGAGAAAGGAAUAGAGCAAUGAGGGUAAUAACAGAGUAGUUUAUAGCACGCAUGGUGCAUGGAGUAGCAUGGAGUGCAUGGAGCGCAGAGCUUUGAGGGGCGCAAGAAGCUCCUCCUUUAGCUCCAUGCUACUCCAUGUGAUCCAUGCACUCCAUGCCAUGCGAGCUGUGAAACCUUAUAAAUUGCUCUGUAAUAAGUCUAAUGUAAGACGGAUGUAAUUGUUAGGUCGUGACAUGGAUAUGGAAGGCCUCAAACGAUUGACUUAAUCUUAUAUUUUGCAAGCCUCGUCGAGCUUCCUGGCAUUGAAAAUUGUGUUGGAAGCCUCAUUUCUCACAGCAAACUAACAGGAACCUCCUUGUCCUUUCUCACAGCAAGCCUCCUUCAAACCUCCUUUUUUUCAAACACGAACCUCCUUUCUCACAGCAAGCCUCCUUCAAACCUCCUUUUUUUCAAACACGAACCUCCUUUCUCACAGCAAGCCUCCUUCAAACCUCCAUUCUUCCAAACAGGAACCUCCGUUCUCACAGCAAGCCUCCUUCAAACCUCGUUUUUUUCAAAGGCCCCCAAAAAUAAACAGGGAAAAUUGUGGUGGAAGCAUCCGUGGGAGGCCUUCAUGAAGAAGAGAGACGACAACCUUUGGCUGUACGAGAAAAUGCGGCUCGAGGAUUACGAAGAGGAGCAUCUUUACCCUGUAUGAACAGGUGGGGAUUAAGAAUGUUGAACAAGAAUGAGUGUCUAUUUCAUGCAGAAUAUGUCUAUCUCAUGCAAAAAUAUGCCAUCGCCAAUCAAGAAAAUGAAACUCGUUGUCCACCACUGCUUCGCGAUUUGCUAACUCUAAGUACUUACAAGCUACAGGGCUAAGCACCAAGCACAAUCGAGGUUCAACCUCGUCUUGAUUUCUUGCUCGCUAGAUUUUUUAGUAGAGUUCUUCACCUCCUUUUAUGUAGAAGUAGGGUCCUUCUCCUUCCAUUCCCCUCCGCUAGUGUCCUUCAACUCCCCUACGCUAGAGUCCUUCAACUCUGUGGUCGCUGAAGCUUGUGCAGCAUCCGGAUUGGGACAAGUACAUGGGUUUGCUGAUCAUGUUGAACUGUCUGACGAUCGUAUUUCAGGCAGUGACGGUAGACGAAUCAUUAAGGCUCCUGUUACACAAUACAGUGUAGGUACGCUGUAGGUAGGAAGACUUUUUUUAUUCCAUGGUCUCAUGUUUCACGUUGACCUCCUGUCUGGGUUCUUAGAAUUUUUGCCCUAUCAUGUGGUGAGAAGGUAGUGAUUAUCUCUAAAGCCAGGACCAAUCGCGAUCUUACUCUGGGUAUGCGAAAACCUUUUCACGCUUACGUUUCUUUUAGAACUGGCCGCGCGUGUCCGCGCCUACGGAUGGGGGUGGAUGUUCGAGAGCGUCACCAAUUUCGUCGACGCGAUUCUAGUGUUUUUUACCGGCGUCCUAGUUACGUGGGUAUUGGCGCCUGCAGGAAUCGAUGUCAAGUUAAGGCCUCUGUUGUACACCUUGUCGUGAUACAACGGAUAAAUAUGUGCUAUUUAGUGUACGUGCUACACGGCAACGGCAUCAUGCUACACGACAAUUCGCACUGUAUCAAUCGUGCCCAACACAAGAAUAAUGUAAUGGAGUCAACAUGCGCUAAAAGUCCCUUAGCCUUAUACGGUAUAAGGUUAAGAGAUGAGGUUACAGUUUUUUUGAUCAUUUUUUUCUAGUUAUACCUGAAAAGUCCCUUAACCUUAUACAUCGAUACCUGUUACCUGCCAUCAUAGAAAUGAGAAGUAACAGCUGCGCUCAUUAAGUCCCUUAACCUUAUAGCUGUUACCCAUCUGCAUAGAAAAGAGAAGUUAACCUGUUACCCACCUUCAUAGAAAUGAGAAGUUAACAUGUUACCCAUCAUAGAAAUGAGAAGUUAACCUGUUACCCAUCUUCAUAGAAAUGAGGAGUAACAGCACAUUCUAAUCAAGGAGAUCCGAAAGUUUACGCUUUUGCGUAUCGUACGUCUGUAUCGUCUAGUGCAGGCUUUGCGGCUAGAUCCGGCUUACCGGGAAAUGUGGUUCCUCGUAAAGGGAAUGAUUUACUCCAUGAGUCCGCUCUUCUGGUCGCUCUGCGUCAUUUCGUUCAUUUACGAAGAAGUACAACUAAAAAUAAAUACAUGUGAGAAGUUGUCUUCAAUACCCCACGAAUGGGCACACUACUACUACUACUUUACUACUACUACUAAGUAGUAGUUUUUCGUUACAAGGGAUUUCGUUACUGGAUUUCUUGAUGGGAAGUCAACGGAUACAAGGACUGAAAGCGCAUCACACUCGAUGAACCGCAGGAUCAUGCAAGAUCGAUGCUAGAAUGGCUAUGGCAGCUCUAACUCCUGUUAUUCCUCUUCGGAGUGACGGCGACGCAAUUCAUUGGACGUAGUUUUGAGCAGGACGAAUUGGCGCAGAAGUAUUUCGGGUCUGUGAUGCGGAGUAUGUUCACACUCUUCCAGAUCACUACGCUGGACAGUUGUUAAGAAUGGGUUUUCAGGCAUCUAGUGUUGUAACGCGGUUUUCGCUUCUACUCUGCCAAAUAGAAGUGUUUUCAUGACUUCGAAGUUUUCUUACAACAAAAUGAUUGAAAUAUAAAACAUUUCUUGGUAGAGGUAGAGCAUUGUUCACAGAGAAGUCCCACUCCGACUUGAGUGAGGUUCAUCUUAUUCACAGAUUGCUAUGAAGAUGAGAGAGGAGAGACUACCGCUAAAACGGGGAUGAAGUGGUGCGACCAUUGGAGUUCAAGGUUUGGUGGUUCAAAUUUUUCAUCUUUUUUUACUUCGCCACCUCAAUCUUCGUGGUUAUGAACCUGGUCAUCGCAGUCAUUGUCGAGAACGUCUUCGUCAUUGCGAAAGAAUAUUAAGGUGAGCGACAUAAAAACUCACUGCGCCACCUCAUGGUAGGGACAUUCAUUCAUUCAUUCACUGGAAAUGUCAGCAAGAUGACCAGGGCCAACGCCAGCAUCUCCUAGUAUUUAACAAGGGGAGACUACUUGGCCGAUAGCAUCUCCUAGACAAACAAAGUCAAUGCAUAUCUUCUUGCUCUUCUAAGAUCCCGAGGUAGAGCAGGAAGGACUCAAAGACGCGGCACAGAAGAGGGCGUUCGAAGAACUCAAAGCCUUAUUUCAGACGCUUUCAGACGACGGACGAGUCUUCUACUUCCCAGACUUUUGGACUGUAGUCAACGGAAAAACCAGAAUAGGAGCAAGGUACUCACAUUUCUUUAGGGCAGGUUAGGAAUGCUGAUGGAAAAACUAGAAUAUUAUGAGCAAGUUGUGGUCUAUUGAAUUUGAAACAACAUGCUAGAAUUGACGAAUUUCACAUUGCGGUUGCGCAUGUAGUUAAUAAAAUAUAGAUAUUCUGUUAUCGGCUACGGCUACUCGCAUUUCAUCAAUAUGUACUUGCCCACAUUUUAACUUCAGGUUUCGCGGGAAGCUGAAGCAGCUCAACUACACUGCGCGAAACAUCAAGGAAGUAAAAGCCCUCUUAGUGGACGACGCGGAUGAGGAGGCGGAAGUAGACCUCGAACUUUUUUGCUACUGCCUCAAGAAAAUCCGACAUACUGCAACUGCGCAGGAUAUUACGGCUAUAUGAUGAUCAUGAUGACUGGUUGAAGAGCAACGAAAACGAUUAGUAUAGAUGUUGCCUGGGAGUGAAGGAGGGGCUCAUUGUGCAGGAUCCAUGACCUAACCUACAACCUAACCUAAUGGUGUUGGAUGAUAAGUAAAUCUGUAUCAUUUGAGCCAAGAGUCUACUGAGACAACCAGAGUCUGAGACGUAACAGGACCACUUCAGAACAUCUUCCUGAAACCUGAAAAUUAGCGAGUUACUGACUGAAAUAACAGAGCCGUGACUACAUUCCUCUUCUUUGAGUAUCUCGCUCAUUUCAAGUACUUACUUGCUUAUUUCAGUGUAUCGAAUACCCUCUAAUGUCUUUCUCGUGCUCCAAAAAGCCAUCGUGACAUUAGAGCAAGUGACGACAGUGAUCGAGAUUCACUGCAAUAUGAUUCUCGAAUCCCUCGAUGCCCUCUUCUACGAAGUCCAGUCAGUGGAUGUGGAUCUCAAUUUAUGGUUCCAUAAUUUUUGUUGUACGAUCAGGGACUACGACCACCACAGACAACUUCUUUACUCACAGUUGUACAUCAUUCAUAAGUAAGUGAGUCAUACCCUGGUGGAGUGGGUACUACAUUCAUUCAUAAGUAACAAGUAAAUUGCACUCCACGUCGUCGUGAAAGUUGGAAGUGGAUCGUCCUUUCUAAUAACCUUGGUGAUUAUGAUGGUAGGGAAGGUGAUGGAUGUGAUCAACCACAUUCUCAAAGGCCACGAGCAGAGAAAGGAAAAUCUGAAGGCGUACCAGAUCAACCUCUUCCGCCAGAAGGAGAAGACGCAGAAACGAAUUGCGGCUAUGAAGGUGAGAGAGGACGAAGACUAGGACUCUGAUCAGGUAGACUAGGACUCCACUCAGGUCCGUACUAACUUGCAUACUCUGCCUAUAGAAUGCAUCGUCCAUUCUUAGAGAGGACUCGAACUUUGUUGCAUGGCUACUGCCACAUUUAGUUUCUUUCAUGAAUCUACCUAGUGGGGUCACGGCCUCCGAAUUUUUGUACAGAUUAUUGGCUAGGAAUUAUUUUCAAAGACAAUGGCAAUUUAUGCGUUGUAAUUGUAAUAGAAGAAGUUCAUGCUAUCAACGCAGCCUUCACGGCUAGCAGAUACACUUUGCUUGUUUCCACGCGAUGGCAAUAUUCAUGUUUCUGUCUCCUGAUUACUUCACCUGUCUGAUUAAGCUACUUCUGAAUCCCUAUCCUCGAGAAGAUACUUCUCGUGCCUGAUUAAGGUCUGAUUAAGCUGUCUCUUUGGUUUCUCUGCUUACUCCUGAUGUAAGUACUCGCGUCACUGUGUCGUGAUAGCUUCGGAUACUUAUCUCUGUCUGAUUCUGGCUGCUCUAUUUAGUAGAAGGACGCUCAUCGUCCACCAUGUUGCGGCGUAGGAGGGCUGUGAAGCACAGUAGACUGAUGUUUCUAGGAUGUGUUUUGCGAUUACUACUCUGAGACUGAUUCCUUUGUAAAGACUGAAUUGCUCUUACUCAAUUGCUGUUACCCUGGCUCAUCUGGAGAUGC